CAUAGAUAAUCCUGAUGAUCCGAAGAAUAUCUAUAUCAACCAAAUAGAAUAUAGGAAUUUCUAUUUGCAGGAUUGUUGUGUUGAUUAUUUAUCGAAACAAUAUUUGUAUCCGUAUUACAUGAGAGGAACCGAAGGAAUAAUUAUUGGUAUUUCUUGUAACAAGAAAGAAGAUAUUGAAAAAACACUAACUACAAAACAUCAGGUUUCAUUGUUUGAUAUGGUGAAAAUUGCAAAGUGUGACGAUCGAUUGCCCUUGCCAUCUAAUAUGCAUUUACUUUCAUGUUCUAGCGUACCUGAAAGGAAGAAGGAUUUUAGACCAAUAUUGUUUUUCAUUCAUUCGGUAGAAAGAAAGGAUGUAAUUAUACAGAUCAAAUCGAUUAUUGAGAGAGUUAUCGAGGAUACUGGAUAUGAAACACAUAAUACCAUGAUAGUAGUUCAUUCGGAUGAGGAAAGUAAUUUCUAUGAGGGUUUGGAAUGGCUUUUUGAAAAGAGAUCUGAUUAAUUUUUUCAAAAUCUAAAGAUCAAAUUCACUGUACUUGAGAAGGAUAUUGUGGCCUUUAGGUAGAAUAGUUUGAGUGUUUCAACAAAGGAGUAAAGCUAUUGAAAACAACCCAAUAUGACUCAUCAAUACAUUAAUUGAAUAAAUCAUUAUGUUUGCCC